AUGGAUCCUUGGUUUUCCUGUUUGGGUUUCAUUUUGUUCAUUUCCUGCGUUCGAGCGCAGUUUCAUCCCGCUGAACCCUGUGAUCCUGCAAAGUGUCUUCCACCGAACUGUCGCUGUAGCGAUGAUCGUAAACCUCCUGGGGGGCUGACUCGUGAGGAAACUCCUCAAAUCAUCAUGGUUACAUUCGACGAUGAUCUAGAAAAGCAAUACUAUGAUCUCUAUAACGAGCUUUUUGACGGCGUGAGUAAUCCCAAUGGCUGCCCUGCCGUGGGAACGCUGUUUAUUUCUCACAACUAUACGGAUUACUUCCUGGUGGAAAGUGCGUAUUCCAGAGGCUAUGAGAUAGCGGACCACACUGUCACGCAUCAGGAGCCAACAACAUACUGGGAACAAGCCGAUUACACCACAUGGAAGAAUGAAAUAGAUGGCCAGAAAGAGAUUUUGCAUCGGUAAGGGAAUGAUUACGAGCUGUUGUAAUAAAACUGUUUCUGACUCAUGGUGGUGUUACUACGACUGUUUUCUGUGAAAUCUGUAAAAUUGCCUGGAAUUUUCUAUAGCUGUACAAUUUUCGAAUCUUAUCUAAUAAAUUCCCCAGGAGUAUUAUUUUUCGUAUAUCACUCAGCCAGGUUGAGCUAUUUUUCGUCGAAAAAGGAAACCUAAAAUUGUCGGAUUCGAAAAUGCUUUGGAGAGAGGAAUCACACUGAAUUCUUACUUUCGUAACUCUUUAAAUUGCAUCUAAAUUUUCGGGAAAAUAAUACUGAAGCCCUAGUUAAAAAUGUUUCUUCACUCUUAUACAGUAGGAUGACCGAAGAGAUACAAACUUCCCGGGGGGGUACUCCUGGGAAUUCUUGGAAGGGGUGUGCCGCCUGGUUCCCCAAAUUCUUCACGCUAUUUCAGACCAAAAAAAAUGUCAUCUUCCACACCCGUUUUCAGACCAGCAGAACUCUAAAUUCCAUACCCAUUUUCAGACCUAGCGUUUCUUUAGGCAGAAUUUAGAUUAGAGUGCAAACAAAAAUAUUCUUCAAAUCCAUUUCGAAUUCGCAUAUUUCGCUUCCUUUCUUAAUCAUUUGCAAUUGAAACGAUAAAUACGUUCAUACCGUAGUUCCCUGGAAAACCAUACCCGAUUCAAGAUCAAAAUGGGCAAAAUCGAUAUCUAUACGUAAAUACCCGUUUUCAGACCAAAAAAUGAGGAAGGGCGGCACACACCUACAUGACUCAGAUAAGGGAGUACCCCCGGCUAAGAAUGCAUUUCUAGAGAGUUAAAAGUACUCAGGAUAGAGCAAUGUUGCGCAAUACUCGACACCACUGUACGGGUACGUCCGGACAGACGUCAUCAGUAUGGAAUUUCAGUCGCUGAGGCUCAGAAGUCUUUCUUGCAAAACGCCCGAGGAAAGGAGCGGGGCGAGGAGCGAGGAGAGGCUGGAUACUUCGUAUUGGAAUAAGUGUUCACGGAUUUUCUGCUGAUGUGUGCGGACACCUACUCAAACGAAAGGACCAAGCAAACUGUUCGUAAUAACGAGGUGUCUGUAUUAAGAGGUGCUGUUUUAUACUUUUACUGUGAAACUUUGGUACAGUUCUAUUCUCACACAUUAUUUUAAUUUUGUCCAAAUUUAAAAUUUUGGGUGCGGCCUUCUUGAGUGGAAAUCAUUUAAUACAAAACAGUAAAAAAAGAAAAAGAAAAAGAAAAACACACAAGAAUACUUUACCCCGUCGUUUUGUUUUAAUUGCGAGCCAGUUGCAAUUGUCUCAGAACAAUUACAGUUAGUUGUUAUAAGUCCCUUUUCUCUUUAUACUUUAUCUUUUCUUUCUUGAUGAAGCAGGUGCCUUUAAUAGCCUUUGCUAAUUUAAACGUUUUUUUUUUUCUUAUCUUUGAUAGAUUUGGGAAUAUCCCUUAUGGAGCCAUUAGAGGAUUUCGAGCACCAUUCCUUAUGUUUACCGAGAAUAUGUUCAAGGCUCUAUACAUCAGCAAAUUUACUUACGACCUGUCCUGGCCGGCUAAUAUUAGGUUUGAUGGGCUUGGCCCUAUGUACCCCUACACCCUCGAUUACAAGUCAACUCAGGUUUGCCCUACCAGUCAACAACCAUGCCCAAAAAUGUCCUACCCCGGCCUCUGGGAGAUUCCAAACGUCAAUCUCAUGAACGAAGACCACACUACUUGUGGUUCUAUGAUGGACGCAUGCGAUCCUAACGGCAAUGAAACGGUGUGGUAUGAUAUUCUGGUGAGAAACUUCCACUACCACUACGAUACAAACCGAGCUCCGUUCGGAAUGCAUAUGCACCCGUCGUAUUUCUAUUGGGGCCCUUCGGGUGACCACAUGAACGCCGCCAAGAAAUUUCUCAAGUAUGCCCAAGAUUUGGGUGAUGUCUGGGUUUUGACGGGCUACCAAGUGGUUGCGUGGAUGAAAGAUCCCCAAGAUAUUGCGCAAGCGAAAAGUUUUCCACCAUGGACGUGCCCGACUCGUCCUCCCCCGAGAUGCACGGACUCCACAGCCAACGACUGUCACUACACCAUGCCUCAAGAUUUCUACAUGAAAACCUGCACCGAGUGUCCACCGCAUUUUCCAUCACCUACUAAUCCAGAUGGAAAUUAG